AUUGGCUACCCUACCGUGGGGUUCAGGUUACAUCCCAGAGCAGUCAGGAGCGCGGGAGAGAGAGGAAUAGAGACAGGAUCGGAUUUGCACACUGAGCCGGGAGCCCCAGGUCCUAGAAGCGCGUCGAUCUGCUCACCACCCCUACCUCCGCCCCCAGCCCCGCCCAGCCCCGUCGCGGGAUGGACUGCUGCACGGAGAGCGCUUGUUCCAAGCCGGACGAUGACAUUUUGGACAUCCCUUUGGACGAUCCUGGCGCCAAUGCAGCAGCUGCCAAAAUCCAGGCGAGUUUCCGGGGCCACAUGGCUCGGAAGAAGAUCAAAAGUGGGGAGCGAGGACGAAAAGGUCCAGGCCCCGGGGGGGCGGGCGGCUCUGGGGGCGCCCGGGGAGGUGCCGGAGGUGGCCCCAGCGGCGACUAAACCAGGUGGACUGACUGUUUUCUAAGUUCCCUAGGUGAGAUGGAUGCCACGUCCCCUUCGCAGUGACAAGACUUCCCUGCAAUUUUUGUGACUCCCUCCCCCCACCUCUCCUGCCAGCCUCAGGAGCCCACACGCCACCGGGAGACCCCUCCCCCUUGGGCCAGCUCCAUUCCGGAGUCACUCUAUCUGUUCGACAGUCUGAAAAAGGAACCUGAUUUCCCUCUCUUCUUUACCCCUCACCUCUCUGUCUGUCCUCCUUUCCUCCACCUCUUUUUGCCUAACUCGCUCCACCUCCGCAGCGCACCCGCCCUGCAUGAACUCACCACCAACUUUGCUUAGCUCCUCUUCGCUUUCUCUCUGCGGAUUGCUAAGGGCGCCCCCAAGUAGUCCGUGUGUGUGUGUGUGUGUGUGUGUGUGUGUGUGUGUGUGUGUGUGUGUGUGUGUGUGUGUGUGUGUGCGUGCGCUCCUACUAAGGAAACCCAGUUUGUUUCUGGGAGAAAUCGAGGGGUAUGCCUGCCCACCCCGCCUCUCACCGUGCUGCUGUAACCAUCCCCAGCCCACCCCAGCUCCAAGACUUUGGGUCUUCUGCUCCUCCAUAGGCAGUCCCCAGUUUACACACUCGGGGUGAGGGGAGGCUUUUGGGGGUGUCGGGACCCUUUUCUCCUGGGCAUGAUCCUCUUUUGGUUGGUUGGGGGAGGAGCGAGUUCUCGUUCCAGAGGUCCCCUGAAGCUCUGGUGAUUGCACGCCCAGUCCCACAUCUGCCUGUAAUCUCCCUUUUCUGAGCCCAUUCCACACUCCUAUGUCCCCUGCCUCGACUGCUGCGCAUCCUGGGACCACCUCUCCAACUCUCUUCUUGUUAUGCAAACUCCUAGGCCGAGGUGUCUGAGAGACGGUGUGGGGGGAGUCAGAAGCUGCCCCACCCCCUGCCCCGCCCUGGCAGCCCAGCCCCCAGCCGGGCUCCUGGGGUUGUGGCAAAAGGGUUUUUAAAUUUUCGUGUGUGCAUGUGACCACUCUGGGUUGGAAUGUGAACAAUAAAGAGGAAUGUCCAAGUG